AUUUUUUCCCUACGAUCGGCCAGAGUGUCACGGUUGUUGUGUCUACCGUGCCUUGAAGAGAAAGGUGAAGGCCAGGGUUACAUGCAGCAUACAGCGGUACUCGCCCUACCUUCCACUUUGGGCAUCCAGUUUCUCAUCCUUGUUCCAGAGGUAUAUAUAUCAGGAUGGGGGACUACUACGAUGCAUCUUAUGAGACGCAGUGCCCACAAUGCAGGAGCACCAAGUAUCGAAACCCACAGAUGAAACUGAUGGUUAAUGUCUGUGGCCACCCAAUGUGUGAUUCUUGUGUUCGAAUGUACUUCAUUAAGGAAUCAGCUCCUUGUCCAGAGUGUGAAAUUAUCCUCAAGAGAUCAAAGUUUCGUGUUCAGAUAUAUGAAGAUCCUUUAGUAGAAAAAGAGCUUGCUAUCCGAAGAAAGGUAAUGAAAGUUUACAAUAUGUCUGAAGAUGACUUUCCCACCCUAGAGGAAUGGAAUGCAUACUUGGAAGAAAUAGAAGAAAUAGUGUAUAACAUUACCAAUGACAUCAAUAAGCCAGAAAUGGAAAAGAAAAUAGAGAACUACGAGAAGCAGAACAAAAAUGAAAUUAGGAAAAAUUAUGGCAAAAAGAGCCGCUCUGAGGAAGAAAUUGAGAGACAGCUGGACUCAGAAAUAAUGAAGGGACUAGAGAGACAAAGAAUCCUCCGAGAGGAACAGGAACAGUCCAUGAUAUCAAGACAACGUAACAAAACUUCAUUGAUAAAAGAUCUUAUGGCAGCCUCUGAGGGAGCUGCUUCACUUGUUGUCCAGACUCAUUCAGAGAGACUUAAGGAGGAACAAAAAAGAGAAAAUCAGAAGAAAAAAGAACAGGAAUUAGCUUUAGCUGCAAAGGCAAGCGAGUUCUCAUCCGGUGUCAAGAUGGGCUUUGCCAAUAUGUCAUCAGCACCAGUAAAGCCAGUCAAGGAGGAGCUGUACCGCUACGAGCCACCCAUCCUGUCUGCCACCCUGCCAGCCCCCUCUUGGGACGAGCUGGAGGAAGGCGGCUAUCUCCAUCAUGUGCGCCGAGCUUCCCCACAGGCAAUGGCUGGUGGAUACUCCGAGCACUAUGCCUGCCUCAGGGCACUGCAGGACUUCAUGUCUUCACACUUCCUUAGCUGAGGAGAUAGGUAGGCUUAGGAUAGUUUGUAAACCCCCUGGCAGGACCUUUCUCUUCUCCUGCCUUGCCAUCUGUGUGUUAGUGUUGUGAGGAAUGUAUUUUGACUACAGAAGAGAUUGUGUUUUAUAUUUAUUUUGGUAAUAGAAGGGUUGCAAACAUAAACUAUAGGGUUUAUCUGAGAUAGAGCUUCCAAGUGUUUCAUGCUCCCAUGUAAAAUGUAUGAUACAUUUAGGGAAAAUUGGUGCAUUGUUUUGAUAAGAAUUGAUUGAAUAGCAAUUUCUAUUUAAAAGUGUAAAGAAAUACUGGCAGCACUUUGAAUGAAAAAAUAAAACUUCAUUAAAAA